AUGCCCUCGCUGGAACUCCAGCAGCUGGUUGCCGUAGAAGAAGCUCCCGGGCAUGAGCUCCUUCAUGUGAAAGGAGUAAUCUUCUCUUGCGCCAACCUCACGUUCGUCUGCACGUCGUUAAUGUACCCCGCCAUGCCAUCGAGGGUUGUCGGUCCAUUCAAGGGAGCAGUCAUGGAUAAGGCGACACUCCGCCAGAAGAAUGGAGCUGUGCGUGUUGCUGGUGGGGAGCGCGGCCACAAACACGGGAGAGUGGAAGUGUACCUGUGUAUAGCUGCAUCGAUUCAAGCGGUAAUCUCCCUGUCUCCGUUGUACCGCAUGGCCAGUCUUUACACGUUUGCGGGCACUCGCACCGCGUACACGCUGGGGUCUGUGGAAGCUCCCGCCAGGUACGAAGCGGACGAGGCAACCGCGCAGCUCCACCGCAUGGUGAUGGAGUCUCCAUUGCUCCCACCCGUAAUAGACUUCUGUGUUCCCAGUCGACCCGUCGUGAAUAGUUUCCGACAAUUUUGGUUUGCUCCAGGGGACGGGCCAACGCGGAACCUGCAGCGACGUCUCCAAACAGUAAACGUCGUCAACGAGGCCAUCGUAUCGAUGAGGAACAUCGAGGAGUCGUUGCGUAGUCCGACUUAUUCAGGACCUGGUCAUCCUCCAGAGAGCAUUCAAGCGCUCUUUGGAGAGGACGAGGCUCACCUUGGACAGACUCUUCAAAACAUGCAGCAAGCUUUCGCAGACAUGGAGGCCACCUCUGUUCUCAUCAGAUCUCCGGCCUACUGGGGCCAAAUGCGAAAAACGGUGUUCGGGGACGUUGCUCACGAAGUCCUGUGUGAAUCAGACCAGCAUGAAUCACCCCAUCCCACCGUUCCAGCGAAGGUGCAGCCGCUUUCAGAGCCCGCCGCCGGCGCCGCCAUCAAAGAAGAUUCCUUGGCGGACUCCAGCGCUUCAACACUGAAGCCGGUGCCGGGCGGGUAUGAGGAGCGUCGACGAUCUAUUCGAAUCGGUGCAGCUAUACAGUCUAGCAAGGUCUUGAAGCUCUUUCUCGCUUGCAUAUGUCUCUUUGCUGCUUCGUUGUUGCGGUUUUCGAAGUGCGUAGCGGGAGCUGGCAAUGGUGCCGACGGACCGUUAACUCAGGGCAGUAGGCGACGAAGACUUGCAGCUGGCGGGCCACCCGAUGGCCACGAACAUUCGCUCGAGGAAGAGUGUAAACAACUCACUACUGGUGGUCUGUCUGGAGGUGCGCAGUCCACAGCUUCAAAUGCAACAGGCGGAGAGCCAUCCUCGACGUCAGAGGGUGGUACGCCGAUAUAUUCUGCAGGCGAGCAGGGAGCUGGUUCGGUUGCCCUUCCCGACCUCGACAACGAUGAACCGACUAGGGAGAUGCUUGACUUGCUCGAGGACGCAGAAAAGGCAGCAGAUGUGGUGGGUGAUUUGACAAAUAUCACCCAAGCCUUACAGAGCGUACUGUACGGACCUGAAGAUAUACCUCUGGAUUUGGUUCUAUCCACUUCGGCAGAGCAAGCAGGUUUGCUGAGAGACGCGCUUAAUCGACUUUCUGCCCUGCUUCCCUCUCUGCAACGUAUUUUCACAUUGCUCGCUGACCCCGGCAACAGGGGCCAUCCAAGAGAGAAGCUGUUCGCCCGGGCUGAAUUCGACAUGAAGCUGCUCUCAAGGGCGCUGUACGAUGCACUCGCGGAUGCACGCGUGUAUACACAUCUAGCUCGUCCGCCACUCGGCACCCCGGGAGGAUCCCUUGUCCCUGCUAAUUCUGGUGAUAAGCAGGUCGCGGUUGAGGGGGCUGGUGGUGUUCAUGUCUCGGAGGAAGUUCCCGUCGCCGGGACAGAUGCGUCGGAGGGGUCGCGGGUUUCUGUCCAUGAAAAGCAGCAGACAGCUGCUGCGGGCGUCGUCGGCCGCCGGAAGGUUUUUGUGGCGGCUGCGUUGGUUGCGUCGAUUUCUUUCAUGGCAGCUGUUCUUCUGUACAAGUAUGUGAGGUGCGUGAAGGACCGGAAGGCGCGGCGAGCGUCGGGGUUGUUGCGGCGUCGCCUCGCGGCGGCGGGCGAAGGGGAGAGUCCUGAUGACGAUGAUGUGAAGAAGGCUUGUGCAGCGGCCGUAGUUUGGGGCUUCGGUAGUGAGGAAGAGGCGGGUGCGGCCGGGGGAGGUGAAGAGGAUGAUGGCGGAGAUGGGAGUACUGCGACUCUGGUGAAACGUGUAGAGUUGGUCCGAGUAGCACUAGAGAGCACGUUACCGGACGGCGAGUCCCCUAUGUCGCCGGCAGCUGCAGUCGAGGCACUUGAGGCACUAGUACUAAAUAUGGAAGAUAUUGUGGAAGCUCUCGAGCAGCUAGUUUAUCUGCUGGAGGCUGGGGUUUCGCAAGUUGCUGCUGGCGGCGGCAGCCACGAUUGGUCAGAGGGUGCCAGCGGCCCUACUGCUGAUUUGGCGGCCAACAUCAGUGAGCUGACCGGGGCACUUACAAGACUUGCCGAAGUAUAUGACCGCUGCCGCGACACGUAUGCGGAAAUAACUGGCCUCACACUUCGAAGCUUUCCACUUUUCGAGCACCGAGCCAGCCUUCUUAACGGGGCCCGCCAGCUGCACAUUACAGUAUACCAAGGCUCUGGUGACGCGGGUUCUACCUCCGACGCCGAGUAG